CCAUUUCUCUUGACCAAUGAGAACUGGCAUCACGGGCGGAAGUGAUUGAAAGAAAGUGAAUCGUAACGUGGUCGGGUCUGGGAUGUUCUGGGGAGAUCAUGUUGCGCCGGGAAGCUCGUCAGAGGCGGGAGUAUCUUUACCGCAAAGCCCAAGAAGAAAAACUCCGGACUCUCCAAGAAAAGAAAGAAAAAAUUAAAAAAGCACUAGAUGAGAACUGCCUCAUUCCCACAGAACUUCGGAAAGAAGCCCUGGUCCUCCAGAAAGCACUGGAGUUUGAUGAUGGAGGGGCAGAAGGAGUGACGAGUCAUGUGGAUGAUGAAUACCGCUGGGCUGGAGUGGAGGAUCCCCGCAUUAUGGUCACCACCUCCCGUGACCCCAGCUCCCGCCUCAAGAUGUUUGCCAAGGAAGUGAAGCUAGUUUUCCCUGGGGCCCAGCGGAUGAAUCGAGGCAGGCAUGAAGUGGGUGCUUUGGUCCGUGCCUGCAAAGCCAACGGGGUCACCGACCUGCUGGUGGUGCAUGAGCACAGAGGGGUGCCAGAUGGACUCAUAGUCAGCCACCUGCCUUUUGGCCCCACUGCCUACUUCACACUCUGCAACGUGGUCAUGCGCCAUGACAUCCCAGACAUUGGCACCAUGUCAGAAGCCAAUCCCCACCUCAUCUUCCACAAUUUCACAUCUCGUCUUGGACAGAGGGUCACUAGCAUCCUCAAGUACUUGUUUCCAGUACCGAAAGAAGACAGCAAGCGGGUCAUUACCUUUGCCAACCAAGAGGACUACAUCUCCUUCAGGCACCAUGUCUACAAGAAGACUGACCAUCGGAAUGUGGAACUCUCUGAGGUUGGGCCAAGGUUUGAAAUGAAAUUAUACAUGAUCAGACUGGGAACCUUGGAGCAAGAGAACACUGCUGAUGUGGAGUGGCGCUGGCACCCUUAUACCCACACAGCCAAGAAGCGGAAGUUCCUCAGUGUUGAGUAGCAAUGCCUCAAAACUGCCACUGUCUCAUCAAAGAAGCUGACUGUAUGUUGGGCUUUACAUGAACUGGAUUCUUCAUAAAUAUAAAAUUUUAUUUCUCCCUCUUCUGGGACUGAUCAUCUCUUUGGCUCAUGUCAGGAUUUGGUUCUCACCCAUGCGAGGACUUCCCCGUUAUGAUACAAAACUCUUGUUUUUGUCCAGCAGAAAGCAGGAUCUUGGACUUCCCUGAUCUGACUGCUCUGCCUCCCUGGUUAACUUGUGUAUUUAAUUUAGCAGAAACAUACAUUGGAGCUGGCUGUCCAGUUCUAAAUAUGUCUGCAGGGAAUUGAUAUCGAAGGCUAUAUUAGCAGCAAAGAAGGUAGUCAUACCGCAGUUGUUAAGACUCAUAAUGAAUGGAGGACAUGUUCACUAUAAUGUAUUACAGCAUUAUACAACUCUUGUGCUCUUCUCAGA